AUGGCAUCUGACCAAGCAACAUCCCCAAGACAUAGCGAAGUACCAAUAGUCGUGGAAAAUUUCCUGAGGUAUUAUUCUUUCGAACAUUACGAAUGUCUGGCCCAGCGUGUUGAAAACAAGCUGAAGAAACGUUUUGGAGAGUUGAAGAAUGAAGAACGGCUACAGCCUUGGGCGACAGCAUAUCGCGCUAAAACCAGAGAAAGUCUACGGGAGAAAGUGAUGGUGAGACACAGCGAGGUGAACUUCAGUUCGACAGAACAGAUCAAGAAAGACAUGUGGGAUUUAGCUGGGGUUCGUGUCAUUCUCUACUUCCCCAGCGACGAUGAGCACAGCAAAGUAAGGGACAUCAUCAGAAAGAUAUGGCGAGAAGAAAACAUCGAGACACGCAAUCACAAGAACCGAGUUCAGCACUCAAAUGGAGAUAGAGGAGCGGAAAAGAGGACGAGAAGAGUGAAACACUCCAGUAUACACCAGCCGAUUAUGGUGCCUGAGAACGGUGGAGAAUACAAAAAGACACCAAAGCAGUACGAACCCCGGAACGUAGGCUACACAGGGAUCCACUACAUUUGUCAAAUGGAAGCAACGCAAGAGGACCGACCCCGCUUCAAGUGGAAGUACGAGGUCGGUGAUCAAGUGGAGAUACAAGUAGUGUCUGCACUCACUCAUGCCUGGGCAACAGCGGGCCACGACCUCCUCUACAAAAGUAGUCUAUUUGGCGAGCCUACACCCGAGGAGCAUAGGGUAUAUGACGCAUUGAACGGCCUCAUCCAAUCCGGUGACUUGCUCCUCGAACAGUUUCAGUCUAUGGUACAUGGACGGACGUAUAGGCCCUUUGAAUCUCCCCACGAACUAGGUGUCCAUCUGGGAAACGCCGAUGUUCUGCAAGAUCUGAAAGAGAAGCCUAUGCCCCCCAGCGAGGGCUUGGAGAUUCUCUUGAGGUUCCUUCGCCAUCCUAGCGUUGGGAAAGAUUGUCCUUUCAAGUUACGUGGGGCCUUGAAACGUCUUGGAUAUCCUACAGGCAUUGUGCCGAAAAAAAGCAUCGAUCAAUUCCAACCAAAAUUCGAAUGCGUCCACGAGAUGGAAUUGGUAGUAUGCCUUUUCGCUGACAAUCUACCAACCCCCGACCCAAACACAUCUUCCGAGGACUUGGCAUCGGACAAGCUGUGCCGCAUAAUGAUGUCCGCACUAAAACUGCUGCAAUCCUUCUUCCCUUUGCCCGAAGAAGCAAACGCGUAUUUGCGAAGUCUUCAGUUGGACUCAGAGGAAAAGAUAAGUAUGGACUUUGUACUUUCGAGUUCAAACAGACAGAUCAUACUUGCCGGGGAUGGCAACGAAGAUACUGAUACAAAAGAUCUUCGGCCAGCCUGGAAAUGGUUUAAGAAACAGACAAACGACGCGAGCUCUAUCUGCGGUCUCGUCUUUCGCGUCGCAGAGAUGGAGAUCCUUGGUGAAGUCAAGUUCCAAACCUUGUUAGACGACUUGAAAAUCGGCUCAUUAUCACGAUCAAGCACCACUGAGACCGAGGAAUUCUUUGAGGACACACAUGUAAGCCCGGACUUAGGCUACUGA